GGAAAAGAGCGGCAACAAUUCCGACUCUUAUUGUUUUCAUCGAGCUGGAUACCUAAUAAGUAUGUUUAUUUAGUCAUUGUCGUUUCUUAUAUACUUUUUUCUUCAUUUCCUUACUUUCCUUUAUUCUCAUUGAGGCCAAUCCAAUUAUCGAGACAAGAUAAGCUCCAACCUUGAAUCCCAAGAUACUCAUGCGAAGGAUAUCAGCGGAGGAAAUUUCGCAGCACAAUAUUCCUUCAGACUUGUGGCUUGUAGUAAAUGAUACGGUUUACGAUUUAACAGAAUUUGCGCCUGGACACCCUGGAGGUGCAAGUAGUAAGUCUUCUAUCUAGCUCAUUGUCACACUCUAGAUCUAAUCCUGCAUCUAGUAAUCCUGAGAUAUGCCGGCCGCGAUGCUUCAAAAGCUUACUCUGAAUUUCAUGCCUCCUCUCUAAUAUUGUCCUCACUCCCAGCUUCCAAAGUCCUGGGAACAAUUGAUCGUUCUACCAUAACAGACGAGUGGGUCAAACCUCCGCCCGAAGUUUCGAAGGCUCUUGUGCCGGGAUCGAGGCCCUCCCUUGAUAAUUUGAUAAACACUUACGACUUUGUCACUGCGGCAGAAUCCUUCCUUUCGCCGAAAACGUGGGCAUUUUAUUCUUCCGCCGCUACAGAUCUUAUAACCAAAGGCAGGAAUAGUUCGACAUAUGCGGAUAUUGGUCUUCGCCCUAGGAUAUUGAGGAAUGUGAAAAAUGUUCGUACACAGACUACAAUGCUUGGUAAUCAAUUGGACGUGCCAAUAUUUUGCUCACCCGCAGCUAUGGCUAAACUGGUGCACCCAGAAGGAGAACGGGAGCUGGCUCGCGGGCUGAAAUCUGCGGGGUUGGCAAUGACUGUCAGCACAAACGCAAGCUUCCCAAUCGCCGAGAUUUUUGAGGCUGUCUCUGAUAAUCGUUCGCAAACUCUGGGUGGGCCGGAAGACCUCUCAAUAUUUUUCCAACUUUACGUUGAUAAGGAGAGACAUAAAUCUGAAAAGCUCUUACAGAAUGUUGAGGCUCUUGGUGUCAAGGCGAUAUUUGUGACAGUUGAUGCCCCAGUCCCUGGGAAGCGAGAAGCAGAUGAAAGAGUAAAGGCAGAUGAAAGCUUGUCUACUCCGAUGAGUGGCGCAAAAGCUAGGAAUGAUAAGAAAGGUGGUGCAUUGGGAAGAAUAAUGGGUGCCUAUAUUGAUGCUACACUUUCAUGGUCAGAUAUCACAUGGCUGCGAAGAUGCACGAAGCUCCCUAUUUUACUAAAGGGUGUACAAACUUCGCUCGAUGCGAAGAUGGCGCUCGACCAUGGAAUAGAUGGCAUUUUGAUAAGUAAUCAUGGUGGUAGAAGCCUGGACACGAGCCCAGCUUCGAUAUUAGUCUUAUUAGAAAUGCAGAAGAAUGCACCGGAAGUUUUUGAUGGAAUGGAAGUCUUCAUUGAUGGUGGAAUUAUGAGAGGAACUGAUAUCUUUAAAGCGUUGUGUUUAGGGGCAAAAGCUGUAGGAAUUGGUAGGGGUUUUCUUUUUGCUCUUGGCUGGGGCCGGGAGGGAGUUGAGAAAUAUGUCGAGAGUGAGUAUAUCCCUAAAUUCUAAUUAUCGUCUUUAUAUGCAUGUACUAACAAUUCGCAGUCCUGAAAGACGAGCUGGAGACAACAAUGAGGAUGAUGGGUGUUACGGACGUCUCACAAGUCCACCCUGGCAUGUUGAAUACAAGGGCAGUAGAUCAUUUGAUUCCGGACGCAGAGGAGGAUCAUCCAUAUGCUAAAUGGAGACCCAAAGCAAGAAUAUAAACCUAGUGGGUUCAUACAGAUAGUAAUAACAGAGGCCAGGGCCCAUAAAUUGGCUCAAACGCAUAAAUUUUGAUACCAUACUUCCCAUA